AGAUCAAUAUGUACAUGCAAUCCAUUUGUAAUUGCCUGCAACUAUGCCUUGGAGAAGAUCGAUGUUGGUGGAUUGCCUCAGUACUCUCUUGACAAACAAAUCGUCACCACAACCCAACCAUAACUGGGUGCCAGGUCAAACCGGAUAUUGUUCUACUUCAAUGGAAAUCCUUUCAAGAGAAGACGGAGCGCUCUAACAACUACUUAGGAAGGAUCCCAGCCUCUACUGCAUGGGACUGUGGUUUCCUUUUGCUGCCACAUGGUGGACAAACAUAACAUUCACAUUGCAAUAUCAUAUCGAUGUCCGGCCCAUUCUAUCAGGUUGCGUCCGGUUGUUACGACAGCUGUCAACCCAACUCUAUCGUGACGAGGAAGGAAAAGAGGCCCGGGCUACACCCGGCUGUUGUAAUCUUCACACCGAUGCACAAAGCUCCACCAUCUUAUUUUGAAACGCACCCGUCAAUGAUGGAAUAAACGCCAAGGAUUGUUAAUCUUCUAUGCCGCCAACGAUUGGACCCCCAAUCAGCGCCUUUCCACAUCCAAGGCUUCGUUCCGUGAAGUCGUCCACCCAAAUUGGAC